GUCUCCGUCACCCUCUCCUUCUCCGUCCCCCUCCCCUACGCCUUCGCCGUCCCCUUCGCCAUCGCCUUCGCCCUCGCCCGGCUCUACAGGUGCCUCCGGCUCUACAAGCAGCGGAGGCCGCGACACGACGCUUCUGAUAUCAGGGCUCUGUCUUCUGAUUCCGCUGGCGGCACUGAUGCUGAGGGUCUAA